CCCAUACCAAAUUUCAUGGGUGGAGACAGAAAUCCCCCAACGGAUCGGAUAAAAGACCGGCGGGCAUAGGAGAGCAACGCAGAGUGCGAGUAGUGAGUGAGCUCUGAAAAGAAACGGCAACAAUGGCGGCCUCUGCAACUGCAACAAUUUCGUUAUGCUCUUCAUUCGCAACCCAUUGCAAAAUCUCGCAAAACCUUCAAACUCUGGCAACCCAUUUCAGCUUUCCGUCUCUCUCCUCUUCUUCUUCCCACAAGCUGUCUUCUUGCUCUUUAUGGCGACCCACAUUCCCGCUUCUGAUCAAGUCGUCGGAGUUGGAUUCAGCCGUGGUCGUCGAGGCCGACUUUCAAGGUCCCGAACCAGAGGCCGGGCCCGAUGAUUCGGAGCCAGCGGCCUUGCAAGUCGUGGAAACCCCUUCGUCGGAUGCCCCAAAACGAGAGCAGCUGUUCGGCGUUGUCAUGAUCGGUGGGCGCCAGUACAUUGUCAUUCCUGGACGAUUUAUCUAUACUCAGCGGCUAAAAGGCGCUAAUGUCAACGACAAGAUUGUUCUCGACAAAGUGUUGCUGGUGGGGACUAAAACAAGUACGUACAUUGGAAAGCCAGUGGUGACAAAUGCCGCUGUACACGCUGUCGUUGAAGAGCAGGGACUUAAUGACAAAGUGGUUGUCUUCAAGUAUAAAAAGAAGAAAAAUUAUAGGAGAAACAUUGGUCACCGACAGCCGAAUACAUGCAUAAGGAUAACAGCGAUCACGGGCUACCAAGACUAUCCAGCAGUUACUCUCGAGUCGUAGGGCUGCAUAGGAAGGUUUGAAGGGUUGAAAUCAUCUCAACCUUCAACAAUUUACACUGCGGCCUUGUACAAAUUCAUUAUUUUACCACGUCAUAUCUAUUUCUAAGGUUCACCAAGGAGGAUUCGACCUUGGGUGGACAUAGAGCACAGACGCUGUGCACAACUCAUGUAUGCAUAAACACACUCUUCGUUUUUUGAACAUGCACUUGAGUCUCACAUGUGAGGAUAAGAUGGUCAUUUCAUCCCUUCCAUUUCAUCCCUUCCAUAGUCACUCCCCAUUCAAAAACAAAGAUAUCACGAACUGAAAUCGCAUCCGGGUGCGCAACUGAAUUCUUUGAUUGAACUACUUCUUGAUUGAUGCUGCUCCUUCCAUCUUUUCAUUUCGGUUUUAGAUUUGGUUUUUGUUUUGGAUUUUGAUUUUAGAUUGAUGCUGCUCAUCUUCUAUCUUGUAGUUUAGGAAUAGAGGUUGAAGUGUUGGAUUUGUUAUGGGGAUUGGGAUGAAAUGACCAUUCAUUCUCAAGGAUUCAUAAUCACCAUUGACAAAUAUGGUUCCAAUCAAUAAGCACAACAAACUACCAAGA